AUGUUGCAAUUUGAGUUCCUUUUCUUGGAAUUAGGGCAUUUCGGGAAUAACAGAGUAGGGCCCCACCUGAUGCCACUUUCGUGUGUGUGUGCCGAUGGCGAUUUUCAAAUACAAUUAGUCUCGAGGUACUACAAUCACUCAUUGUCAUUUAAUGCAAUUACUGGAAGUGCUUACUGCUUCAAACGGGCUGGUUACCCCCAAACAAAAUCACGUGAGUUGCUUCGUCCCCAGCAUCAAACGAAUGGCUCCCGAACGUUGCGCUCCCAUAGCCAAUUACUGUCUUGCACGUGGUUCCCACAAGUCAUCACUGCCUGUCGCGUAGAAGCAGAUUUAUUUUGGCUUAUGUUGACUACCACUUUUCUGUUCCAGAUGAGAACA